CCAAUCAGAGGCAACUUCUCCCGCCUCCCCAGCAGACUGUUGUGGCUCCAGACAGUGUUAGUUGCUACUGCCCGCAUGACCCUCCUCACACACUCUCCUGGAUUGGCCCCACCAAUAAGGCUGAGAUGUGAGCAUGGGGAGAGCGGAUGAAAUCACCCACGCCACCAGCAGAAUGCAGAGCGAGUCUGGGUCCUGGACAGAUGUUAUUGUGAAGCUGAGGAGUUGCUAUUCUGAGACAUCAUUGUGAAGCUGUGAACGCUGCCGUGUGUUCAGUAAAGAACAUUACCUGAGUGGAGCAACCAGCCUUCCAUGCUGUUAAUAUUUUCCUACUUGGCUGAGCUUGUCAUGCAUAGCAAGAUGCUGAGGACACCGUCUGUGGCUUUGGCAACCUCAAAGUCCUCUUUCAAGAAGUGGGUCUAUUAUCUCCUCACACAGACUGUGAGCAGGACAUGCGUUUGACUGCCUCUUAACAUCUCAAUGGCAAACAGGAGAAGGGGAUAUAGAGAGAAUACAGAUGUUGAAGUGGCUCUGACAUGCUGAUGAAGUGUGGACACACCCUGGUGUUAGUCAGGAGAGAAAAUGGAGGACAGCUGCGUGCGUUCAGGACCAGGCAGGAUAAAUCGUGGUUGCUAACAGCACGUCACCUCCGGCCAGUUUUGUUGCAUAAUGAGAAACUCAAGCAUAGUUUAAGACUCUGUAGGAAGCAACAAGCAACAGUAUUGCAGCUGGACUGGCGCUUAGGAAUUUUUGUGAGUUUUUGCUCAUGAAAUGAAAAACCUUCAGGUUUGAAGUGACCAAAGUAAGAUGAAUACAAGGUGAAAUUAAUAAAAAUCACAGAUUUUAAAUGUGGUCUCAGAUCUUUGGACCCCAUUGACAAUUAUGUUCCAUCCAGCUGUAUAAGUCAACUGUUCAAACAAUCCACUAAAGCCAUGGCAAUGCUCAGAGUGAUCUUCAUUAAAGACCGUCAGAGGGCCGAGCCUGUUUUACUGCCCUGUCUUGUAUUGGCUGAUUGACCCUACACAGUGCCUCCACUUUUCAUACUUCACUGAAACAUCCAGAUCUCUUCAAGGAAUCCUUAUGUGAGAUGAUCCUGUUUAGUCACAUGUCUUUUGCAGUGCUGUACUGCAUACUGUGGCUCACUGUGCCUGUCCUCCUGCACUCUGAAUUCAAGGUGGCCUACGUUACCGAGCGCAGUGUGUACAUGUGCACGUGCGCGCAGGAUCCUAGCUUCUGCGAGAAAAUGAACUCCAGUGAGUGCAACAAAUGCAAGAACCAAUCACUUGGGCUUCAGGAGGCUGAGAGCCCCAGCCCGGUGCAAAAGAAGCACCUGACGGUCUGGUACACUUCACCCCUUAACGUGGCCCUGCUGUUGAACAACUCAGAAGUUAGGCACCUGUCGUUGGUCCAGUGCAAGCCCACUGUUGACCAACCUAUCUCAUUUGACUACUUCACAGUGCAGCGCCUGGAGACUCUAACAGUCACCUAUCCGUUCUGGAAACCUGGCUGGGGUUAUAAUAUCACCAUAGGCAAGGACAGGGGUGCCCCGUACCAUGAGGAAGCGAGAAUCGCAAUCAUUCACACCUCUGUGUUGACUGGAAUAACAGAGCUAAAGUCCUACACUGUCCAAACAAAAGUGGACCGCAAUGGCAUGAUCUCCUUCCCAGACAUUUUCAUAUCUCGCAAUGGGCUUUUGGAAACGUCCAGGAUAUUUGUCACUUUUCUGUACUGAGAAGCCUUCGAAUAGACUCCCCAAAUGGCACAGUGUAGUGUUUUAUGAUUACACACUUUUCAUACAGCUACUAUCUACUAUGAUGCAACACAGUUGCUUUCGCCAGUAAACAAAUAACUGUUGUACAUAAUAAUGCAUAUAAUUUAAAUUCUUAUUGUACUAUUGACCAAUGCACAUCACUUUCUGAUUAAAGACCAUAUACUAAGACUUAAUU